UCUUUGAUUAACUCGGAUUAACCGGAUUGGGUUUAAGUUCUAAAGUUAAAACACAAAGACUAUUAAACCGGAUAAAAACCAUAAAAGAACCCGCCAAAAACUUGUGAACCGGAUGACCUAAACGGACCGGUUAUCCCGGUUCAAUAAUGUUCGUUAAAGAGUUUUUUAACUUUCACCGAGCGUCGCCGGCAGCUCAUUUAGCGAUGGUGGCUCACCUACGACUCGUUUCGAAAUCUUCUCGUUUCGCCACCGUCAAGUUCACUGAGUCAGUCUCCGCAUGCUCAUGUCGUCUCUUCUCUGCCUCCACAGACACGACUCACCCCGAACCCGAACAAGCCCCGUCUACGAAUUCCAUCACCGGAGACGAAGAGCGACACGAAAAGCUACGGAAUCUCCGGGUUCUUCUCCAGCAGAAUCGAAUCGAAACGGCGCGUGGCGUUCUCUCUGCGAUGCUCCGAUCGGAUUCUAUGCCGUUCACAUCGCCGAAAGAACUCUUCUCCGCCUUCUCGUUAUCAUCUCCGUCGUUGAAACACGAUUUCUCCUAUAUGCUUCUCUCCGUGGUACUAACCGAUUCGAAGAUGGUUACUGAAGCUGCGGAUUUGUUCUUCGCCUUGAGGAAUGAAGGUAUUUUCCCCAGCUCAGAUUCGUUAACGCUUUUGCUCGAUCAUCUUGUUAAGGCGAAACAGUUCAGAGUGGCUAUAAACGUGUUCUUAAAUAUUCUGGAUUCUGAUUUUCGUCCCAGCAAGUUCAUGUAUGGGAAAGCAAUUCUAGCAGCCGUGAAAUUGGGUGAUACUGGUAAAGGUUUAAAGCUGUUUAAUCGGAUGAAGCACGAUAGAAUCUCUCCCAGUGUGUUUAUUUACAACGUUCUUAUUGAUGGAUUGUGUAAAUCGAGAAAGAUGAAGGAAGCAGAACAGUUGUUCGACGAAAUGCUUGCAAGAAGACUGUUGCCCUCUUUGAUUACGUAUAACACGUUGAUCGACGGAUAUUGCAAAGCUGGGAAUCCAGAAAAGAGUUUUAAGGUGAGAGAACGCAUGAAAGCUGAUAACACUGAACCGAGUCUUAUUACAUUCAAUACUUUGCUAAAGGGACUGUUUGAUGCUGGAAUGGUGGAAGAUGCAGAGAAUGUUUUGAAGGAAAUGAAGGAUCUGGGGUUUGUAGCUGAUGCUUUCACCUUCAGUAUUCUAUUUGAUGGUUAUUCGAGUAACGAAAAAGCUGAGGCUGCUUUGGGUGUUUAUGAGACUGCAGUUGAUUCUGGUGUGAAAAUGAAUGCUUAUACGUGUAGCAUUUUGUUGAAUGCGUUAUGCAAAGAAGGCAAGAUAGAGAAGGCGGAAGAGAUUUUGGGAAGAGAAGUGGGCAAGGGCCUUGUCCCAAACGAGGUUAUUUAUAACACGAUGAUUGAUGGAUACUGUCGAACAGGUGAUGUGGUUGGAGCUCGUAUGAAAAUCGAAGUGAUGGAGAAACAAGGUAUGAAGCCAGACCAUUUGGCGUACAAUUGUUUGGUUAGGAGAUUUUGUGAAGUGGGGGAAAUGGCAAAUGCUGAGCAAGAGGUUAAAAAAAUGAAACUUAAGGGACUUCCUCCUAGCAUAGAGACAUAUAACAUCCUGAUUGGGGGCUACGGGAGAAAGGGUGAAUUCGAUAAGUGCUUCGACAUUCUUAAAGAAAUGGAAGACAACAGUACAAUGCCGAAUGUUGUUAGCUAUGGAACUCUGAUAAAUUGUUUGUGCAAAGGAUCUAAACUUCUUGAAGCUGAGAUUGUUAAGAGGGAUAUGGAGGACAGAGGAGUUUCACCGAAUGUAAGGAUAUAUAACAUGCUAAUCAAUGGUUGUUGCUCAAAGGGGAAGAUAGAAGAAGCGUUCCGGUUAUCUGAGGAGAUGCUCAAAAAGGAAAUAGAAUUAAACCUGGUUACUUACAACACCCUCAUUGAUGGGUUGUCCAUGACUGGGAAAUUAGCAGAAGCUGAAGUCUUGCUUCUGGAAAUCUCUAGAAAGGGUCUUGAACCAGAUGUCUUCACGUAUAACUCACUUAUAUCUGGAUAUGAAUAUGCUGGAAACGUGCAAAGAUGUAUUGCGCUAUAUGAAGAGAUGAAGAGAUCAGGAAUAAAACCCACUUUAAAGACAUAUCAUCUUUUGAUCAGUUUGUGCACCAAGGAGGGGAUAGAGCUCACAGAGAAAAUAUUUGGAGAGAUGUCGUUGAAACCAGACUUAUCAGUUUACAAUGGGGUUCUUCAUUGCUACGCUAUACAUGGAGAUAUGGAUAAGGCUUUAAAUUUGCAGAAGCAGAUGAUUGAAAAGAGUAUCGGUUUGGAUAAGACAACCUAUAACAGCUUGAUUCUGGGACAACUGAAGGUAGGAAAGCUGUGCAAGGUUAGGAGUUUGGUUAACGAGAUGAAAGCCCGGGAAUUAGAUCCUGGAGCUGAUACAUAUAAUAUAAUAGUGAAGGGGCACUGUGAGGUGAAGGAUUAUAUGGGAGCAUAUGAUUGGUACAGAGAGAUGCAGGAGAAGGGUUUGUUAGUAGAUGCUUGUAUAGGCGAGGAGCUAGUGACUGGGCUUAAAGAAGAAUGGAGGUCAAAGGAGGCAGAAAUUGUCAUUUCUGAAAUGAAAGGUAGCAAGCAAGGUGAUGCAACAGUGGACGAGGCUCUAUCUGCAACAGAGAAGAUAUGAAAAAAUUAAGAAUGUAUGCUCUAAGCUUAAGUCCUUUUGAUUCCUGGCUCACCUCCCCCAAAUUAUUUCAAUAUUAUUGGGUCUGGUUUUUUGCAUCAUUAGAGAUUUCUUGACUGAUACUUUCGUUAGAGACUUCAGUAAUCCACAACCUUUUGUAUGGGAUCUAUAUCGUGGGUAGACUCAGAUAGGUACAAUGACUUUGGGUUAGGCUUAAGGUUGGUUUGUAGAUUAAUGAUGGUAGGUAAUACCAUUUGUUCACGUUUUUUGGAUCGGAAAACAAUGAUUCAACUAUAUUUGUGUGUUGUACACAAUAAUUAUCAAGUUUAGAAAAAACAAUUCUAAUUUCAUAA